AACCAUAUUUCCCUCCACUCCACUCUCAAUAUCUUCAAAUUCCACAACGCAAACUUGAAUUUUAGUCCAUAGCCAUUAUAGAACUCAAAUGCAGUGUUACUACGGGAGAAAUGCACCUGAAAAAUCUCUCUUCCAUCCGUAAACUAUAUCGACUCAUAAUUACCCCUCUCAAAUGUUUUCACACCACUUCCCUUCACGUCCCAAGUUCCCGACUUCCCUCAUUGUUGCAAUCUUCUUUUUCCCCUUUAAAUCUUCAACAUGGCAAACAGGUUCACGCCCAGCUCAUCCUCAAUGGAAUUACUACCGCUAAUCCCCUCCUUUUGGCCAUGUAUCUUCGUUGUGGUAGCUUUACUGAUGGCAAGAACCUAUUUUAUCAGAUGGAUUUAGGGUGUAUAAAGCGUUGGAAUUUGAUGAUUAGAGGAUUAGUUAAUAUUGGUAGCUUCCAUUUUGCCUUGUUGUUUUAUUUUAAGAUGUUGGGUUGUGGAGUUUCUCCUGAUAAUUUUACUUUCCCUUCUGUAGUCAAGGCUUGUAGUGCUUUAAAUAAUGUGAGAUUUGGUACCUCGAUUCAUGAGUUAAUUGUGUUAACGGGUUUUGAAGGUAAUGUUUUUGUCGGUAGUUCUUUGAUCGGUUUGUAUGUUGAGAACGGGUAUAUUAAUCUCGCUCGUAAUUUGUUUGAUAAAAUGCCGGUAAGAGAUUCUGUUUUGUGGAAUGUGAUGCUUAAAGGGUAUGUCAAAUGUGCGGAAUUAGAUAAAGCCGUAGAUUUUGAGGAAAUGAGGAAAGGCGAAACAAAGCCAAAUGAGUUGACAUUUGCCGCUAUUUCUGUUUGUAGUUUGAAUGGAAUGGUGAAUUUCGGUACUCAGCUUCACGGCCUUGUUGUUAGCUGCGGUUUGGACUCGAAUUCUAUGGUGGUAAACACGAUUCUGUCUAUGUAUUCAAGAUGUGGUUGGUUGUCUGAUGGUCGUAAAUUGUUUGAUAUGAUACCUCACGCUGAUUUGGUGUCUUGGAAUGGAAUGAUUUCGGGGUAUGUACAGAAUGGUUUUAUGGAAGAUGCUUUGAAUUUGUUUAAUGAGAUGAUAUCUUCUGGUGUAAAACCUGACCCAGUCACCCUCUCAAGUUUUCUUCCGGUUGUUACCGUGAUGAGAAGUUUAAGUAAAGGUAAGGAAAUUCAUGGAUAUAUAUUAAGACAUGGAAUCCCUUUAGAUAUGGUCUUAAAAAGUGCACUUAUUGAUGUAUACUUGAAAUGCAGGGGUGUGGAGAUGGCACGGAACAUUUAUAACCAAAGCAACAAGGUUGAUAUUGUCAUGUGUACAGCUAUGAUUUCAGGAUAUGUGCUUAAUGGGUUGAACAAUGAUGCUUUAGAGAUUUUCAGGUGGCUACUUAGGGAGAAAAUCCGGCCGAAUGCUGUAACACUGGCAAGUGUUCUACCCGCUUGUGCAGAUUUAGCGGCAAUAAAAGUGGGGAAGGAAUUGCAUGCUAAUAUCAUCAAAACUGGGCUUGCUGAUAGAUGCCAUGUGGGGAGUUCUGUCAUAGACAUGUAUGCAAAGUGUGGAAGAUUGGAUCUUGCUCAUCGUGUUUUUGGAAGGUUGUCUGAAAGAGAUUCUGUUUGUUGGAACUCAAUGAUCACUAGCUGUUCCCAAAAUGGAAAACCUGAGGAGGCCAUUGAUCUCUUCCGUCAGAUGGGGAGGACUGGAACCAAGUACGACUGUGUGAGCAUAUCAGCUGCUCUUUCUGCUUGUGCCAAUCUACCAGCACUGCAUUUUGGGAAAGAGAUCCAUGGGUUUAUGAUUAAAAGUUCACUCUUUUCUGAUUUAUUUGCUAAGAGUGCACUCAUUGAUAUGUAUGCAAAAUGUGGAAACUUGGGUUUCGCUCGGCAUGUAUUUGACAUGAUGGAAGAGAAAACUGAAGUUUCAUGGAAUAGUAUCAUUGCCGCUUAUGGAAACCAUGGCCUCCUUAAAGAUUGUCUUGCCCUGUUCGAUGAGAUGUUGAAAAAUAAAAUUCAGCCUGAUCAUGUUACCUUUCUAGCUAUAAUAUCUGCUUGUGGUCAUGCUGGUAAAGUUAAUGACGGAAUUCAUCACUUCGAGAGCAUGACAAAUGGAUACGGAAUCCCACCUAGGAUGGAACAUUAUGGAUGCAUGGUAGAUUUAUUUGGACGUGCUGGUCUUUUGAAUAAGGCUUUUGAAACCAUACAGAGCAUGCCGUCUCCCGACGUGGGUGUUUGGGGUACAUUGCUUGGAGCCUGUCGAAACCAUGGAAAUGUUGAGCUUGCUGAAUUGGCUGCAAGACAUCUUUUUUAUUUGGACCCCCAGAAUUCCGGUUACUAUGUACUGCUUUCGAAUUUACUUGCUGAUGCCGGACAUUGGAGGAGUGUGCAUAAGGUACGGAGUUUGAUGAAGGAAAGAGGAGUUCAGAAAGUACCUGGAUACAGUUGGAUAGAGGUCAGCAACACCACCCACAUGUUUGUUGCUGCAGAUGGAAGUCACCCACAGUCCAAGCAUAUUUAUUCAUUGCUGAAGACUCUUCUUGUAGAGCUAAAAAGAGAAGGAUAUGUUCCUCAGUUUUAUCUUCCAAUGUGCCCAAACGAUAUGGUGUCAUGACUGUCACUUCCACCUCCGUGCUCGCAACCGGAAUCAGAGAUAAAUUUUUAGCCCGGGAACCACAGGCCGCAUCGGUACAUUAGCAACGCAAGUUUUUGAGGUAUGCUCACUGCUCGGACACCUUUGAAUUCCAUAUUGAAGUAUACAUUGCAUGUGGAGUUUGGAGACAAAGGUUAGUUGAGUCAAAAAAGAAAAAGACAAAAAGAAUGUGAGGUAAAUUUAAAUCAUAUUGGCAUGAAGGCAAAUGUUAUUUAAGCAUGAAGUAAUGAAUUGGAGGAUGAUGAAAUAAC